AUGCAGUGUGAAAGGAUGUUUUUGAAACCACACCGACAGCUUGCAAAGGAUCCAGCAUCUACAGUUACUGCCGGUAGGCCUUGAAAUAUUAUUUCUCUGAGCCGUUAGAAUGCCUGGCUGCUUCAAAAGGACAGUGUUUGCAUUAAUUGCUGCAUUGAGCUUUUCAUCUUUUAUCUUGAUCCUUGUUGCAAUGGGCACCCAGAAAUGGAUGACUGCAAAAAUCCUUUGCAAAACAGGAGCUGAACUGGUCAAUGCCACGGACCCAGAGCUUGUAAAAUUCAUGGGGGAAAUUUACUAUGGACUCUUUGGCGGUGGUAAAAUGCGAAAGUGUGGGCUCGGUGGGAGGCGUUCCAGAUUCACAAUAUUUCCACACCUGGUGAAGGAGCUGAACACAUCUCUCCAUGUGGUGAUUAUCCUCUUCCUUUUUGUGGCAUUUUCUUUUGCCCUGGUCAGUUUGGGAUUCUGCAUCUUAAACUUCCUGCAAGUUCCAUACCGGGCUAUUAAAGGUCCAGGAGGAAUAGCCUUGUGGAAUGUACUUGCAGGAGUUUUUGCAUUGCUGGCAGUGACGAGCUUCAUGGCUGCUGUUGAACUGCAUAACCUUACAGAAAGGAUUGCCAAUUUCCGAGAAAAUGUCUUCCAGUUUGUCGUCUUGGAAGAACAGUAUCAGAACUCUUUUUGGCUUUGUGUAGCAAGUGCAACAGUUCAUGGUGUGAAUUUGUUACUGGUUGCCAUCAGUUUGAUUCACUUUCCUAAAUUGAAGACUAAGACAGAAGAAGCAAAUGUUACAGCAGAAGACAUAAUGUACUAAACAUCUGUCUCAGUUUGUCACUUGGCCAGUUUUAAACUUGUAUGGUCUGAAAGGAUGUUAACAACACCUGCAAGGGUUUACAAGGUG